AUGGCCGAUCAAGCUUCGAACCAACCCGUUUCAUCUUCUGUCCCUGACCAAGCAGCCAUGCGAGAGGCAGCAUUCUUGGCUGCUAGUCGCCGGCUUACCGCCCAAACCCAAGUAUUUGAUGAACCUCCACAAUUGGAAGAAGAGAAGAUUGCGAUCAUUGAACGAGAAGAUAUUGAGAUCGCAGUUGAAGAGGCUAGAGAAGUCGAAGUUGCGUUAAUAACUCCUGACGUUGCGAUGGAGGAAGUCGCAAAGGAAGUGCUGCCAAAAGAGGCCAAGAAGGAAGAGUUGAAGGCUGCAGAGGCAGAGAAGAACGUCGAAGCUAGAUUGAAGAAGGCUGCUGAGGCAGAGAAGGAUGCCGGAGUUAGAUUGAAGAAGGCAGUAGAGGCCGAGAAGGAAGACAAGAGGAAGAAGAAGAGUAAAGGGCAUAAGGAUGGGAAGAUGGAGUCAUCGCAUCAACACAAGUCGAGAAAGAACAAAGAGAAAAAGGAUGAUGACGAAGAUGGGGAAGCCAAGAAGAAGAGAAAAGAAGAGAAAGAAGAGAGAAAAUUGCGCCAGAAGGAGAAGAGGUGCUUGAGAGAAGAAGAGAAAGUAAAGUAG